AUGCGACUUUGGUUUGGAGUUGAUAUUAGCCAGUGCCAUUUAUUUUUUACACGUUGUCCAACGAAAAUAUUUGCCAGAUUACCCAAUUCAAACAUUUAUCUCAAAUUACAUUCAAUACUCACAUUGCUCUUCAAAUAUUUGAGAUUACUAGAAUUUAUAUUUGCAGUUAUAUUGUACAUUGAAAGCGCUAAAUUCCUUUCAAGUCAUUUCAUUCAACAUUAUUUCAGGUCAAAAUACUCGCUUCAGGUUUCAUUCAACUUUCAAAAAGCUUCUUUCGUCCAAGCUGUUCACCUUAACAAUAUUUCAGAAUUAUUUUCAUUUUUUGUUGUUAUGCAUACAGCAUCAAGGACUAGUAUUCAACAACGAUCAUUAAUUUCACAGAUGUUUCUCAUAUGUUUACAUUUAAUCCAACGUCUUUUAGUAGCAAAAUUUUUCGUUGGACUUUUUAUGGGGAUUAUUUCUACUGUUAUCGUAUACAAUCUUAAAGAACCAAUAGAAAAGCCGAGAUUUCGUCCUGAUCAAUCAAAGUUUGAAUAUGAAAAAAAUCAACAAACUUUUGAUGAUAGUAAUCCAAGUAAACCAUCAAUAUGGAAUAGUUCAUGGGAUGGUUUUAAGAGUGAAAAUAAAUUUCCACGUCAUUUCUAUUUAAUUCGACAUGGUCAAUAUUUUGAUAAUGCUCGAACAAUGGAAGAAAUGAAAUUAACAUUACUUGGCAAAGAACAAUUAGAAUAUACAGGAAAACGUUUAAAUCAGACGAAAACACACUUCGACCGUUUAAUUCAUUCUGGCAUGGUCCGUGCAUUCGAAAGUGCAGUUAUAAUCAAUCAACAGUUUGAUUCGAAACUUGAUUUAAUUGAAGAUAAAAGUCUGUCAGAAGGUUUACCUGUUGCACCUAUUCCUUAUGCAGGAAUUAAUCAACGAGAUAUUGAAACUUAUGGUGAUAGAGCAAGAAUUGAUGGAGCUUUUGCAAAAUAUUUUCAUCGAGCGCGUAGUGAUCAAAAUAAAGAAACACAUGAUAUUAUUGUUUUUCAUGCAAAUAUUUUACGUUAUUUUAUUUGCAAAAUAAUGCAAUUUCCUGUCGAAGCAUGGUUAAGAAUAACAUUAAAUCACGGUUCAAUAACACAAAUAACUAUUUUAAGUGACGGUGGUAUUGUAUUGAAAACAAUUGGUGAUAGUGGAUUUAUUCCAGCGAAUAAAGUGACAUUCUAG